GUUAUGCAAUUAGAAAUCCGCAAUUUCAUUUUUUAGAUUUCGAAUCCCUUAAUCAAAACUAAACCUUAACGUGCAUAAUUUGCUCCAAAAAUAGAGCAACUGCUGUACAAAAGUUAUACUUAUAAUUCAAUAAUCAAUUUUUAGAAAAAGAAAUAUCAAAAUUACUUCAUGUAUUCCUUUGCAAAAAUUGCCAAAAAUUAUCCAAAAGAUAUUGAUUUAUUUAUCCCGUCAAGCCAAUGCAUUCGGAAAUGGAAGCCAUAUUGGUAAACAUUAUUCUUGAGGUGACUCUAUAAAAAGUUAUUUCCUUAUCCUUCAUUUACGCAAUCUGUGGAAACUAACUAAUGAAUUUUUUUUCAAAAUUGCAGUUAUAAUAUUAAAUGUUUUGCAUACUUAUAUGAAUCAAUUUUUUGCAAGUCUGGAUAAAAUAUUUGUUGAUUUAUGUGUACUAUUUUUUAGAUAUGGAUGAUAGCUUUUUAGUUGUUGGUCCUUCAGACGGAGAACUAAACAGAAAAGCUGCUGCUAUUGCAAAAACAGCCCCACCAAUUAAACCGCCAACAGCUGCAAGAAUGUUUAUGCCAGGAGGUAUGGUCAUGCCAGCCAUAGCUCCUAUGAAAGAUGAAAUGCAUAAACCAGAAGCAUCUGAAAAUUCCUCCUUUUCUCCACCAGAAUCAACAGAAAGUUCAUCAGCCCAAUUUUCUUCCUCCAGAAGUAGCGAUUCUAGUUUAUCAGCUUCUCCAUCAGAAUCUUCAGAAAAUCCCUCCUUUUCUCCGUCAGAAUCAUCAGAAAGUUCAUCAGCCCAAUUUUCUUCCUCCAGAAGUAGCGAUUCUAGUUUAUCAGCCUCUCCGUCAGAAUCUUUUGAAAAUUCCUCCUUUUCUCAAUCAGAAUCAACAGAAAGGUCAUCAGAUCAAUCUUCUUCCUCCAGAAGUAGCGAUUCUAGUAUAUCAGCCUCUCCAUCAGAAUCUUCAGAAAAUCCCUCCUUUUCACCGUCAGAAACAUCAGAAAGUUCAUCAGCCCAAUUUUCUUCCUCCAGAAGUAGCGAUUCUAGUUUAUCAGCCUCUCCGUCAGAAUCUUUAGAAAAUUCCUCCUUUUCUCCCUCAGAAUCAACAGAAAGUUCAUCAGAUCAAUCUUCUUCCUCCAGAAGUAGCGAUUCUACUAUAUCAGCCUCUCCAUCAGAAUCUUUAGUAAAUUCCUCCUUUUCUCAAUCAGAAUCAACAGAAAGUUCAUCAGCUCAAUCUUCUUCCUCCAGAAGUAGCGAUUCUAGUUUAUCAGCCUCUCCAGCAGAAUCUUCAGAAAAUUCCUCCUUUUCUCCGUCAGAAUCAACAGAAAGUUCAUCAGCUCAAUCGUCUUCCUCCAGAAGUAGCGAUUCUAGUAUAUCUGCCUCUCCGUCAGAAUCUUCAGAAAAUUCCUCCUUUUCUCCGUCAGAAUCAACAGAAAAUUCAUCAGCUCAAUCUUCUUCCUCCAGAAGUAGCGAUUCUAGUAUAUCAGCCUCUCCGUCAGAAUCUUUUGAAAAUUCCUCCUUUUCUCCGUCAGAAUCAACAGAAAGGUCAUCAGAUCAAUCUUCUUCCUCCAGAAGUAGCGAUUCUAGUUUAUCAGCCUCUCCGUCAGAAUCUUUAGAAAAUUCCUCCUUUUCUCCCUCAGAAUCAACAGAAAGUUCAUCAGAUCAAUCUUCUUCCUCCAGAAGUAGCGAUUCUACUUUAUCAGCCUCUCCGUCAGAAUCUUUAGAAAAUUCCUCCUUUUCUCCGUCAGAAUCAUCAGAAAGUUCAUCAGCCCAAUUUUCUUCCUCCAGAAGUAGCGAUUCUAGUUUAUCAGCCUCUCCGUCAGAAUCUUUAGAAAAUUCCUCCUUUUCUCCCUCAGAAUCAACAGAAAGUUCAUCAGAUCAAUCUUCUUCCUCCAGAAGUAGCGAUUCUACUAUAUCAGAAUCAACAGAAAGUUUAUCAGCUCAAUCUUCUUCCUCCAGAAGUAGCGAUUCUAGUUUAUCAGCCUCUCCAGCAGAAUCUUCAGAAAAUUCCUCCUUUUCUCCGUCAGAAUCAACAGAAAAUUCAUCAGCCCAAUCUUCUUCCUCCAGAAGUAGCGAUUCUAGUAUAUCUGCCUCUCUGUCAGAAUCUUCAGAAAAUUCCUCCUUUUCUCCCUCAGAAUCAACAGAAAGUUCAUCAGCUCAAUCUUCUUCCUCCAGAAGUAGCGAUUCUAGUAUAUCAGCCUCUCCGUCAGAAUCUUUUGAAAAUUCCUCCUUUUCUCCGUCAGAAUCAACAGAAAGGUCAUCAGAUCAAUCUUCUUCCUCCAGAAGUAGCGAUUCUAGUUUAUCAGCCUCUCCGUCAGAAUCUUUAGAAAAUUCCUCCUUUUCUCCCUCAGAAUCAACAGAAAGUUCAUCAGAUCAAUCUUCUUCCUCCAGAAGUAGCGAUUCUACUUUAUCAGCCUCUCCGUCAGAAUCUUUAGAAAAUUCCUCCUUUUCUCCGUCAGAAUCAUCAGAAAGUUCAUCAGCCCAAUUUUCUUCCUCCAGAAGUAGCGAUUCUAGUUUAUCAGCCUCUCCGUCAGAAUCUUUAGAAAAUUCCUCCUUUUCUCCCUCAGAAUCAACAGAAAGUUCAUCAGAUCAAUCUUCUUCCUCCAGAAGUAGCGAUUCUACUUUAUCAGCCUCACCAUCAGAAUAUUCAGAAAAUUCCUCCUUUUCUCCGUCAGAAUCAACAGAAAGUUCAUCAGCUCAAUCUUCUUCCGCCAGAAGUAGCGAUUCUAGUUUAUCAGGAGAAACUGAAACAUCUGGUGAUGCAUCAAAAGAGGCAGAAUUACCUGAUGAUGUAUCAGAAGAAGGCACAACCCGUGGAAAUUUAUCAAAAGAAAUACUACCUGGAGCAUCAGGCAAAAUCACAGAUGAAGUGAGCACACUUAGAAAUACAUCAAAAAAGGCAAUAACACCUAUAGAUGCAUUAGAAGAUUCAACAACCUCAGAUGAUACGUCAGAAGAGAGAACGCCACCUAGAGAUACAUCAGAGGAAUCAACGCCAGAGGACACAAGAACACCUAAGGAUGAGUCAAAAGAUGCACCAACACCUAGCAAUGCCUCAAAAGAAGUAACAACACCUAAGGAUGCAUCAAAAGAAGCAGCAACACUUAGCGAUGCAUCAAAAGAAGUAAGAACACCUCGCGCAGAAAGGACAAAAACAUCAAGCGGUGCAUCUCAAGAAGCAGCAACAAAUGGAGCUACACCAGAAGAAGCAAAGGCUGAUGAUGCGUCUGUAAACUCAACACCAAGCGAUGCAUUUAAAGCAGUAACAGCACCUGAAGAUACAUCAGAAAAAGCAACACUGUCUGGUGAUGCAAUAGGUGAGAAAUUAACUUCUAGAGAUGCAUCAGAAAAGGAAACAACACCGAGAUAUGUGCCAGAAGAAGAAAAAAAAGCAAAAAGAGAUGUGCCAGAAGAAGCAAUGUCUGGUGAUGAGGCAGAAGAGAUAACACCACCUGGAGAUGUGUCUAAAGAAGCAACAGUCCCAGGUGAUGCAUCAGAAAAGGCAACAAUGCCUUUAGAUGCGCCAGAAGAAGUAAUGCCGGUCGAUAUGCCAGAAAAAGUAGCAAUACCAAGCGCUACAAGAGAAGAGGCAACAACACCUAGCGAUGCUUCAGAAGACGCAAAAACACCUGGAUUAUCGGAAAAAGAAGCAACAACUUCUGCUGAUGCAUCAGAAGAAGCAACACCACCUGAAGAUACUUCAAAAGAAGAAGCACCUGGCGAUACGUCAAAAGAGGCAACAACACCUGGCGACGCAUCUCGAGACGAAACAAUACCAAGUUUUGCAUCGGAAGACAUAACAACUCCUGGAAAAGGAUUAGAAGAGGCAACAACACUAAGAGAUAUGGCAAAGGAAACAAAAUCAUCUAAAGAUACAUCUGGUGAAAGCGCAGUGCCACGCGAUGUAACAAGGGAAAACAUCAAACCAAACGAUUCAUUAGCUGAAACAACUACACCAGGCAAUGCAUCAGAUAAAGGAGCAACAGCUAGACGUGAGCCAAGUGAUGUAACGGUAUUUGGCGAUGCUUCGGAGGAAACAUCACCAGCAAAAGAUGAAUCAAAAGAAAGUGAAAAAUCAAGCGAUGCAUCCAGCGAAACCAUGAUACCUGGAGACUCUAUAAGUUUUGAUUCCUCCUAUUUCGAUGACUAUAGCUCAUAUGAAAGCGACUACGAUGCAAGUGAUUUAUCGUUCUACGAAGUAGUGAAGCAGCUUUUGGAAUACAACUUGAGAAUCUGAAUUCUAUGACACACCUACCAAAAGUUGCCUGACAUAAUAAUGAUAUAUAUUUAUAUGUAUGUAUAAAUUGGAAAUAAAUUUUAUUGCAUUAUA